GCGGGUCAGGGGGUGGGGGGAAGAUGGCGGAGCUGAUGCUCCUGAGCGAGAUCGCCGACCCGACGCGGUUCUUCACCGACAACCUGCUCGGCCCGGAGGACUGGGACUGCACCUUGUACGCGGGCCUGGAGGAGGUGUCCGACGAGCCGACGCAGCUCUUCCGUUGCGUGGAGCACGAUGUCCCGUUUGACAGCAGCUCUCUGGAUGUGGGGAUGGAUGUCAGUCCCCCCGAGCCGCCAUGGGACCCUCUGCCUAUCUUCCCAGAUCUUCAGGUGAAAUCUGAACCGUCCUCCCCCUGCUCGUCCUCCUCUUUCAGCUCAGAAUCAUCACAACUUUCUGCAGAGCCCUCCAGCCAGGCUCCUGGAGUAGGGGAUGCGCUGCCUGUGAAGACAGAGUCCUUAGCACCUCCGCUCUGCCUCCUGGGAGAUGACCCAGCAUCCCCAUUUGAAACUGUCCACAUCACUGUGGGCCCUGCCUGUGAUGAGCCCUCAGACAUCCAGACCAAGGUGGAACCCGUCUCUCCGUCAUCCUCUAUCAACUCUGAGGCAUCUCUGCUCUCAGCCGACUCCCCCAGCCAGGCUUUUAUAGGAGAAGAGGUCCUGGAAGUGAAGACAGAGUCCCCGUCGCCUCCAGGAUGCCUCCUGUGGGAUGUCCCAACCCCUUCCCUUGGGACUGUCCAGAUCAGCAUGGGUCCAUCCCCUGACAAUUCCUCAGGCAAAGCCUCAGCCACGCGGAAGCCACCACUGCAGCCCAAACCUGUGGUGCUAACCACUGUCCAGAUGCCCCCCAGAACUGUGCCUCCCAGCACCACCGUCCUCCUGCAGCCCCUUGUCCAGCAGCCUGCAGUGUCCCCAGUGGUCCUCAUCCAAGGUGCUAUUCGGGUCCAGCCUGACGGUCCAGCCCCCACUGUUCCACGGCCUGAGAGGAAGAGCAUCGUUCCAGCUCCAAUGCCUGGGAACUCCUGCCCACCUGAAGUGGAUGCAAAGCUGCUGAAGCGGCAGCAGCGAAUGAUCAAGAACCGGGAGUCGGCCUGCCAGUCCCGCCGGAAGAAGAAGGAGUACCUGCAGGGGCUGGAGGCGAGGCUGCAGGCAGUGCUGGCCGACAACCAGCAGCUGCGCAGGGAGAACGCUGCCCUCCGCCGGCGGCUGGAGGCCCUGCUGGCCGAGAACAGUGAGCUCAAGCUAGGGUCUGGAAACAGGAAGGUGGUCUGCAUCGUGGUCUUCCUUCUCUUCAUUGCCUUCAAUUUUGGACCUGUCAGCAUCAGCGAGCCGCCUCCAGCCCCCGUCUCUCCACGGAUGAGCAGGGAGGAGCCCCGACCCCGGAGACACUUGCUGGAGUUCUCAGAGCCAGAGCCUGAUCACGGGGUCGAACCCCUCCAAGGGGCCGCCCAGGGCUCCGAGGAGCCACAACCCAGUCCAACAGGCCAGCCCAGUUUCAGGAACCUGACUGCCUUUCCUGGGGAUGCCAAGGAACUACUACUGAGAGACCUAGAUCAGCUCUUCCUCUCCUCUGACUGCCGGCACUUCAACAGAACUGAGUCUCUGAGGCUUGCUGAUGAGCUAAGUGGCUGGGUUCAGCGUCACCAGAGGGGCCGGCGGAAGAUACCUCAGAAGUCCCAGGAGAGACAGAAGUCUCUGCUAUGGAAGAAGUCACCUCCAGUGAAGGCCGUCCCCACCCAACCCCCAGGACUCCCUGAAAAGGAUUCUGUGGGCCAACUACAGCUGUACCGCCACCCAGACCGGUCCCAACCCGAGUUUCUGGAUGCAAUCGACCGUCGGGAAGACACAUUUUAUGUUGUCUCUUUCCGAAGGGACCACUUGCUGCUCCCUGCCAUCAGCCACAACAAGACCUCCCGGCCCAAGAUGUCCCUAGUGAUGCCGGCCAUGGCCCCCAAUGAGACCCUGUCAGGCCGGGGUGCCCCGGGGGACUACGAGGAGAUGAUGCAGAUUGAAUGUGAGGUCAUGGACACCAGGGUGAUUCACAUCAAGACCUCCACGGUGCCCCCCUCACUCCGGAAGCAGCCGUCCCCAUCCCCAGGCAAUACCACAGGUGGCCCCUUGUCAGCUUCUGCCGCCAGCCAAGCCCACCCAGCCUCCCAUCAACCCCUCUACCUCAACCAUCCCUGACCUGCAGCUCACAGCAGCUUAAACCUGGGUGGGGGGUGCCGAGUGACCAAGUGGAACUGUGUCAAACUUCCCUGAUCCCUGGGCUUGGGCAAUUGGUAAAGGAAAAGCAGGGUGUUGGGUUAAGCACUUACUAAAGCAGGGUGGGUGGUCCACCUCUUCAGAAUACAGGGCCUUUCGCGCCCCUGUAAGCCUGUCCUGUUCUUUUUCUCAGAGUGUGGAAUGAGGCUCAGCGUUAGGGUAGAGUCUCCCACAUCCUCUUUAUUCCUUUGUUUCUGUUUGAGGGUAGAGGUGGGAAUUUAGUCCCCAGGUGGGACAAGGAACAUGCGUACAUUGGAGCUGGGUGGUUAUUGGGAGCAGAGGAGUACAGUGGAGGUCAGUUUAUGUGUGUGCGUGCAACUUUUAUUUUUAUUAUUAUUAAAUAACUUGAAGGGA